CGCAGAAACAACAACAUUAGAAGCUAGCCAUGGCCAUGGCUUCUUCUAGGGUUUCCUUGGCUUUCUCUCUUCUGUUAGGCACAACUCUCCUUCAUCUCAAUCCUGCCUUCGCCGAUGAGUUCUCUGGCGAGCUCUGCAUAGGCCACAAGUGCCAAAGACCUCCACCGCCACCUCCUAUCUCCAAACCUCCUGCUCCAUCUCCUCCUCCACCAACUACCCCACCAUCAUCCCCACCAACAACCCCCUCAAAACCACCAACAUCCCCGCCGCCAACGGCCCCCUCAAAACCACCAACAUCCCCGCCGCCAACGGCCCCCUCAAAUCCACCAACAUCCCCUCCGCCAACGGCCCCCUCAAAACCACCAACAUCCCAGCCGCCAACGGCCCCCUCAAAUCCACCAACAUCCCCGCCGCCAACAACCCCCUCAAGUCCACCAACAUCCCCGCCGCCAACAACCCCCUCAAGUCCUCCAACAUCCCCGCCGCCAACAGCCCCCUCAAAUCCACCAAGAUCCCCGCCGCCAACAGCCCCCUCAAGUCCUCCAACAUCCCCGCCGCCAACAACCCCCUCAAGUCCUCCAACAUCCCCGCCGCCAACAACUCCCUCAAGUCCUCCAACAUCCCCGCCGCCAACAACCCCCUCAAGUCCACCAACUUCCCCUCCGCCUGCCUCGCCCCCGAUUUCACCAGUCGUGCCACCAGUUUCGCAACCAGUUUCACCUCUACAGCCACCAGUUUUGCCUCCAGGCAUUGCGGUUGACCCGGCCUCCAGGCCAGGUCCUCCGCCGCAGCUGCCUCCUAGUCCUCCCUCAGUGGAGGAGGAGCCACCCUGCCCUCCACCACCACCUAUCCUUCUGACCCGGAAGCUUAAGCUUUAAUAGAGAAGCAUAUAGCUAGCAAUAGUACUACUAGGAUCCUAUCAAUAAAAGUAGUUAGUACGCAGCCGAUGUUUAAGAGAAAAAGAAGUCCAUGGAUGUACUGCUUGUAUCAUGUUUUUCUAUGAGGAUAUAUGCUUCUUUUUCUCUAAGUUAUGGAGGUAUUCCAUUUCAACAAAAGCACUAAUGUUUGCAUUUGGGAACA